AUGAAGUACAUUGUCGUGAGCGGAGGUGUGAUUUCGGGCAUCGGCAAGGGCGUGAUCGCGUCCUCGACCGGUCUCCUGCUCAAGACGCUGGGUCUGCGUGUGACGUCGAUCAAAAUCGACCCGUACAUGAACAUUGAUGCUGGGACCAUGGCCCCCACGGAGCACGGCGAGGUGUUUGUGCUGAACGACGGUGGCGAGGUCGAUUUGGACCUCGGCAACUACGAGCGCUACCUCAACGUCACGCUCACGCGCGACAACAACAUCACCACCGGCAAGAUCUACCGCGAGGUGAUCGAAAAGGAGCGCCGCGGCGACUACCUCGGCAAGACGGUGCAGAUUGUGCCGCAUCUCACCAACGCGAUCCAGGACUGGAUCGAGCGCGUGGCUGCGCUGCCGGUCGACGAGAGCGGCGAGCAGCCGGACGUGUGCAUUGUCGAGCUCGGCGGCACGGUCGGCGAUAUUGAGUCGGCGCCGUUCGUGGAAGCCAUGCGCCAGUUCCAGUUCCGCGUGGGCCAGGAGAACUUUGCGCUGAUCCACGUCUCGCUCGUGCCGGUGAUUGGCGGCGAGCAAAAGACCAAGCCGACGCAGGCGGCGAUCCGCGACCUGCGUGGUCUCGGUCUCGUGCCGGACAUGAUUGCCGCGCGGUGUGCGCAGCCCCUCGAGCCGGCCGUCAUCAGCAAGCUGUCCAUGUUCUGCCACGUCGGCCCGAACCAGGUGCUGGGUGUGCACGACGUAAACUCGACCUACCACGUUCCUUUGCUCCUCGAGACGCAGGGCAUGAUCAAGUUCUUCGAGCGCCGCCUGAACCUCGACCUGAACAAGGACAUCUCGCCGGAGAUGAAGGAGCGCGGCCGCGAGCUGCGCACGCUCUGGAAGGAGCUGACUACCGCACAGGAGCGCACCAUCGACCAGGUCGAGAUCGUGCUCGUGGGCAAGUACACCUCGCUCCAGGACUCGUACAUGUCGGUCGUCAAGGCGCUGGAACACGCGUCGAUGCGCUGCCAUCGCAAGCUCAUCCUCAAGUGGGUCGAGUCGAGCGAUUUGGAGCCCCAGGCAGAGACCGAGCGCCCGGUGCAGUACCACCAGGCGUGGCAGCACCUGUGUGCGGCCAAGGGCAUCAUCGUCCCAGGCGGCUUUGGCAAGCGCGGCACCGAGGGUAUGAUCACCGCCGCGCGCUGGGCGCGUGAAAAGAAGGUGCCGUUCCUCGGCAUCUGCCUCGGCUUCCAGCUCGCGGUGGUCGAGUUUGCGCGCAACGUCUGUGGCAUGACCGAGGCGGGCUCCGCAGAGCUCGACGAGGACUGCAAGGACCCGACCGUGGUGUACAUGCCGGAAAUCUCGCGCACGCACCUCGGCGGCACAAUGCGUCUGGGUCUCCGCCCGACGCUCUUCUCGGAUGAGUCCGAGUCCUGGAGCAAGAUCCGCCAGCUCUACGGCGACGCGCCGAUCAUCUGGGAGCGCCACCGUCAUCGCUACGAAAUCAACCCAGAAAGGGUCAGCGCGAUCGAGGGAGGCAAGGACGCCGUCUCGGGCUCGCUGCAGUUCAUCGGCCGCAACCAGAAGGGUGAACGCAUGCAGGUCGCCGAGCUCACCGACCACCCCUUCUUUGUCGGCAUGCAGGCACACCCCGAGCUCGCGUCGCGGCCGCUGAACCCCUCGCCGCCGUUCCUGGGCCUGGUCGCCGCUGCAUCGGGCUUGCUGGACGAGCAGAUGGAGCGCCAGCGCAAGACGUUCAAGCCCCCUCACCCGCAGUCGAGCAUGGUGCUCGAGGCCGAGGAGCCGGAGAAGACAGACUCAUAG